UAGUGAGGCGGGGCUGGAGCGAGUGAAGAGGACCGAACAGGAUCCUCGAGCAUCUCGCGCGCCUCCUGCCUGUUCCCUCUCAUACCGUAGGGGAUCAAGUACACGCCUCAAAUACCUGACCGACCACUGUUACAAAUAGUAACCUACAAAUUGCAUGAAGACCUGUAAUAAUUUUCCUGGGAUAAAUUCAAAGAACAGUUUAUUUAUUUAUUUUUUAUUUAUGUUUUGUCUCCUAUGAAUUGGAGAUUAUCAGUAUUUUGGGUAGAUUAUAGGUGUGAAUUCUUAUUAGAUGGUUUGGUUGUUUAGCAACAAACUAUAGGGCAAAACAGAUGGAGUUGGUUUAGGUUGUUGACAACAUGUAAUCUAUAUUUAACUUGUUGUCUCUCAAAUAUAUUCUUACAGCAUAUUUUUGCCAUAUUUGACAUGAAACCAGUCAAAACACCUCAAAAUAAGACAUGGUAUCAAGAACAAGAUGCAACUAACUUCAAUUAGCGAUUUACGAUUCCCCACAUGGCAGUUUCUUGUCAUUGUUGCUAUCUUUCCGUACAGAAUCACAACACCACACAAACUGCUGCCCCAUUAAAGCCUGCGCAUCGAUUUCGUGACGCUGUCAGCAAUACCUAUCCAAAGGUGAAAUAUGAGAGAAUGCCGCGCUCUAGUGGACAAUGAUGAGAACCACAGCAGAUCAUCAAGUUCAAAUUCUGUAGGGAUUUGAACAAUUUCUAUUUUCUAUUUCAUACCCCCAAAUUAUAAAUAAAAAAGUUACGUUGAUUUGCACUCAUAAAUUUAAAAAUAAGAGUCAAUGUUUAUAUGUAAUAUAAUGAUGAUAAUAAUGAUGAUGAUACAAUUGUCAUAAGGGGCUAACCACAUGUCUUACUCUCUAGUAAACAGAUUAGAUUCCAGAACACAGGGCCUGUUGUUCUGAGUUAGCCUGCGUCAGAUCCACCGUUAAAGUCAAGGAAACCAAUACACAAACAGUUUGUUUCUGGAUAAAAUGAUUCAGAGAAGUUUGUGAGCCACAAACAGUGGUGUGAAUUACCUCAGUAAAAAUACUUUCAAGUACUACUAGGCUACUCUGGAGAAAGAGAGCAGCUGCACAGCCUCACUGUGGGGAAAACUGAAAACACCUCUGCCUCCAAUGAUUUGGCCUCCUGUCCUCAAUUGGCAGAGGGGGAAUUAACAUAACCCUUGCCUCAAGUUUUUUAGGGUAUCUGUACUUUACUUUACUACUCAUAUUUUUGACAACUUUUACUUUUACUUCAGUACAUUACUAAAGAAAAUUAUGUACUUUUUACUCCAUACAUUUUCACUGAUACCCAAAAGUACUUGUUACAUUUUGAAUGCUUAGCAGGACAGGAAAAUUCACGCACUUAUCCUACUGCCUCUGAUCUGGCGGACUCACUAAAUGUCUCAGUGUUGGAGUGUGCCCUUGGCUAUCCAUACAUUACAAUAACACCAAAAGGUGCUGUCUGGUUUUCUUCUACUUCUUCUACUUUUAACUAUAUUUUAGCAAUAACAUUUACUUUUGAUACUUAAAUAUAUUUAAAACCAAAUACUUUUAGACUUUUACUCAAGUAGUAUUUUACUGGGUGACUUUCUCUUUUACUUGAGUCAUUUUCUAUUAAGGUAUCUUUACUUUUACUCGAGUAUGACAAUUGUGUACUUUUUCCACCACUUGCCACAACCAAAUUCCGAUUCCAUCAAGCCUUGUCAUCAUCCAUCUAUUUAUAUCUGUGGGCUGACUUUGAUAGAUAAUGAAUCUUACUCGGGGUAUAGUAGGUUCCUUCCCACCCAAACCUUGUAUUUGAAAAAAAAGUACCCUAUACAGCCACUGGGCAACAAGCAGUGAAGUGUGGGUAAGUUAUGAGAUCUUUCACUAAUCAAGAGGUCAUGGGUAUUCUCCCUAUUUGUUCGAUCUAGGCACACUUUUAGAUAGGGUUAACUCAUAUUAUGUCAUAGCCACAUAUGUGUUUAUUAGCCAACGAGGGGCCUAGGAUGAAAACCAAGAGCAUGCUAGAUAUGCAGUUGUUAUGCUAUGGUGGGUAAAUUCCCAUUGAGGAUUAGUUCAACCUCUGCUGGACAAAGUAGUACCUGAGGUACAAGCUGUAGAAAGCGGAAUGAGACUCUUCUCUGUUUCCUGUCCAAACAUAAAAACUGCUGUUUUGAACUGAUUUUUGAGUAAAGGAUAGUUAAAGGAAAGGAAACCUUUACUGAUUUCAGUAAAGGUUUCAUUUCUCCCCAAAAAAAGAAGCAGCCGUAUCAAGCCAAUAUUUUAUUGUCAGAAUCCAGUAACUCUGACUUACCUACAAUGUCUUCUUUAAAGUUUUUUAAACUAUGGUAAGCCAGAGGACACACUUGUAAGAUGGUAGUCAGCCAAUAAAAUCUCUCGUUUCAGUGUUCCCUCCCACUGUAUGACGGCUACAUGUAAAGUGUCAUCAUAUAUAAGGUGUCCCACUGUCAGACCCACACACUAUGCAGUGCAGAAGUGACUGAUGUAAAAAUGAUGGGCAGACACUUAUUUUUGUUUUACAUCAACUUGGUUUGUGCUUUUACCAAAACAAACGUAAUCCAACCAACCCCUGUGAUGGUUGCUGAGCUGGGAGACACUGUGACUCUCACUUGCUUUCGUCCAAAUGUGUCAGUGACCAGUUUUGAUUGGUUCAAGCAGAGUGUUGGACAGAAACCCCUUCACAUGGCGUCAUCACCAUAUAUUGGCCAAGAUAGUUUUUAUUCCAACAAUUUCAUCAAGGACUUUACUAAGACCAAGCGUUUGGGUGUGAGGAGAGGACUCUACACCUGUAACCUGACCAUUUCCAAGGCACACCCAGGGGACUCCGCUACAUACUAUUGUUCCACUACAGUCAUCUAUGAGCUCACUAUUGGAGAGGGAACUGUUUUAAUUGUCAAAGACUCAGAGUCCAACAGCAUGACUGUGCUCCAGCAGCCUGUGUCUGAGUCAGUCCAACUAGGAGACUCUGUGACUCUGAACUGUACAAUACACACUGAGACCUGUGCAGGAGAACACAGUGUCCUUUGGUUCAGACAUGGCUCAGGAGAAUCCCGUCCAGGAAUCAUUUACACCCAUGGAAACAGGAGUGAUCAGUGUGAGAAGAUCUCUGAGGCUGGGUCUCCUACACAGAGCUGUGUCUACAACCUCCCCAAGAGGAACCUCAGCCUCUCUGAUGCUGGGACUUACUACUGUGCUGUGGCCUCAUGUGGGGAGAUACUGUUUGGAGACGGGACCAAGCUGGACCUUCAAGUUCCUGAGCAUCAUCCUCCAUUUGAUCUGACUCCUACUGUUCUGUCAUUGGUCGUUUCCAACAUCGUUCUGGGGAUAGUGACCCUUCUACUUGUCUGGGCGCUGUGCAAGACUCUGAACAGAGAUAGCAGAGGGAGGACUGAUUUCCCAACGUCCCAGGGCAAUCAGAAUCAAGACAGUGAAGUGUUGAACUACGCAGCUGUCAGUUUCACCCCCAAGAACAACUCCUCCUCUAGAAGAGCAAGAGAAAAGACAAGCAGAGAGGAUGCAGUGUAUUCUGAUGUCAGAUACCUUCAGCAGCAGUGAAAGAUAUCACCACUGUCACAAAGACUCCAAGAAGAACCAUUUUACUAUUUGUAGCAUAAUUGAACUGCUUUUAGUAACUGAAAUUAGUUACAAUGUAACAAAGAAAAUGUCAUUUUAACAUUGUCUCGAUUUAUCUAAUCCUGUAAUGCCUUAAAUAGAAAUAUCUUUUGACAGUUUGUAAGAAAUCAUCUGAUAGAGAAUCCCAUUUUUGUUGUAUGACUGUGUGUUUUUAACAUAAUAAACCAUUCAUUUAUACACUC